AUGCCACAGAAGUUGAAGGAUUACGAUAUGAACGACAAUGACAGACACCGUUUUCCGUUGAACCCGUUCAACGACCAAGUUGAUGCGCAAGACUUGCGCCGUGAGUGGGAGGAAUGGCACCGAGCCUUUGAACUGGUUCUUCAGUUACGAAACGUCGAAGAUCAGCAUGAAAAGUUGGUGACCAUGCUUGCAAUGGGAGAAAGAGGGCUGCAGCGCAUAUUUUUCAACCUACGCCCGGUGGCGGAAGAGAUCAUUCCGGAACCCGUGAAGAUUCCGCUGAUGCCCUUGGAGUUUCCAGAGUACGACAAUGCCGUCAAGAGACUAACCAAAUUCUUCAUAGGCAAGCGCAACGAACGAGUGGAGCUAGAGCUGUUCCGGUCGCUUUGCCAAAAUGGCGAAGAAUCUUUUAAUAAUAAUAUCCCCCGACUACGUGCUCAAGCUGUUAGAUUUUUAGAGGUCGAAAUACAAGCCCAAAGCGAACCACAGAAGGUAACCAGCGAUUCGCUAGGCAGUCGAUUGGUCAACGGUCUAGACAAAGCAGCACUCGUUUCCGGACUGAGGGCAAUCGAUGCGGUUCAUCCCGUCACUUUGAAGACACUCGAGAAUGUUUUGCGCGAGGAGCAAAAUGCAACAAUUGUGGACAGCGAGGUCCCUACGCUAGAAAGUGUGGUGUACGUACCGGGCAACGUGGAGCUCGUCAAUCGAGGCAUGGGACGGAUUACCGUGGAAUCACAUGCCCUACAUAAUGACUCGGUAGAAUGCCGUAUCGAUACAGUGCCGAUAGAGUUUGUUAUUGAUUCCGGAUCUGCUAUUAAUGCCGUCACGGAAGAUGUGUGGAAACUACUAGUUGCAAAAGACGCAAAUAUUUUUAGAAAGAGGUACCAAUGUGAUCGUAAAUUUUACCCUUAUGCCAACCAGGAUCCAUUGAACGUCAUCGCAAUUUUCGAAGCCUGGAUAUCGGUAAAUCCAACGAAGCCAAAAAGUUAUGCCGAGUUUUCCGAAAUCGAGGGUGCACGAAAGUCUCUCCUCAGCAAGCGAACGUCGGAAGAGUUACGGGUUUUGAAAAUAGGACUCCAUGUUCUUCAAAUUGAUCAAAAUUGCAAAAGAGAGCUCAAUACUCCGAAUGAAACAUUUCCAAAAUUUCCCGGUAUCCAAGUGAAGCUCUUCAUCGACCCUACAGUACCUCCAAGAAAGAUUGCUUAUUUGAGGAUUCCUGCUGCUUUAGAGAAAAAGGUCGACGACAAAAUAGAAGAAAUGCUCCGCAGUGACGUUAUUGAAAGAGUCGAAGGCCCAGCAGACUGGAUAUCUCCUAUGGUUAUUGUUCCAAAGGGUAAGGACGACGUCAGAAUUUGUAUUAAUAUGAAACAUCCCAAUGAGGCCAUCCAGAGAGAGCAUUAUCCUUUACCUGUCAUAGAAACCUUCCUGAAUAAACUCAGAGGAUCCAAAGUUUACUCAAGACUGGACAUUACGUCUGCGUACCACCACGUGGAGCUUCAUCCUGAAUCACGAUGCGUUACAACAUUCAUGACCGGAAGGGGCCUGAUGCAAUUCAAACGUCUGAUGUUAGGAAUAACAUGUGCGCCCGAAAUUUUCCAAAGGAUUAUGACGGAAAUGCUAGCCGGUAUCGAUGGAGUGAUCGUCUAUAUUGACGAUAUCGUGGUUUCAGGCAGGACGAAACAGGAGCAUGAUGCGCGACUGCAGCAAGUAUUGAUGGUGUUAGAAAGGAAUAAUGCUAUGCUGAACAAAAGUAAAUGUAUCUUCGGAGUCGAAAAACUGCAGAUUCUUGGUUUCGAGGUAAGUGCAAACGGAGUGAGUCCAUCUGACAAGAUUCUAGCCAUAAGGAACUUCCGUCAGCCAUCGUCCAAAGAAGAAGUUCGCAGCUUUCUGGGACUUAUUAAUUUUGUUGGGCAGUUUAUUCCAAAUCUUUCUUCGAGGACGGAAUGGUUAAGGCAGUACCUUCGUGGUGAAGUAGAUGCAUUUGGUGAGGACCAAUUGCAUAGCUUCAAUGAUUUGAGAAAUGAGCUCUGCAACAACGUUCGCAAAUUAGGAUUUUUUGACGCAAACGAUAGUACCGAGGUGUACGUCGACGCUUCUCCUGUUGGGCUGGGUGCUGUGCUAGCCCAAAGAGAUAAGAAUAAUGUACCAAGGAUCAUAUGCUUCGCCUCGAAAGGUCUUACUAGGGCAGAGAGAGUCUAUCCCCAAACACAACGGGAGGCAUUGGCCGUUGUCUGGGCGGUGAAAAAGUUUUACCUUUACCUCUUUGGCCUCCGGUUCACCAUAUUCACUGAUCAUAAGGCCCUCGAAUAUAUAUACGGAGACAAGCAUCGCGAUGGGAAACGGACAUGUUCAAGAGCAGAAGGGUGGGCAUUGCGAUUGCAACCCUACGACUUUGAGAUUAAGUACGUUCCUGGACCCUCUAACAUUUCUGAUGUGCUAUCUCGUUUGGUUGUUGACACUGGAAAGCCUUUCGAAGAGCAUACAGAUCAUUUCCUAUUUACAGUGGGAGAAGCACCCCUAGCGAUCACGUUGAAAGAGAUGAGACAGGCGACUAUUGCAGAUGAAACACUAGUAUCAGUCACGAAAGCGUUGGAAACCCAAGAUUGGCCUCCAGAGCUUUUUAGAUACCAGGCUAUCGAAAAGGAACUCGCAGUGAUUGAAGGUAUUGUCGUUAGAGAUGACAGGAUUGUCCUUCCAACAAAAUUUCGUCAGAGGGCGUUGCAUAUUGCACAUCGAGGACACCCUGGAGUUAUUGCGAUGCGAAGAAACAUAAGAGAGAAGAUUUGGUGGCCAUGCAUGGAUCGGGAUGUGACUAACGUGGUUCAAGAGUGUGCUGGAUGUGCCGUUGUUAGUAGGCAAUACCCCCCUGAGCCACUUAUUCGCAAGGAGAUGCCAGAAAGAUCAUGGCAAGAAAUCGGGAUUGAUUUUUUCUCGGCCAAAGACUGUGCUACGUUUUUAGUUGUCGUUGACUACUAUAGCCGGUUUUUGAGAGUUCUAGAAAUGAAGUCAACAACCGCAGCAAAGACAAUUGAGGCUUUGGAGGAAGUUUUCCGAGAACAAACUUACUCUGAAACUGUGCGCUGCGAUAAUGGUCCUCCGUUUGCCAGCGAAGCGUUCGCUGAAUAUUGUAAAGGAAAAAACAUCAAGCUAAUACGUACCAUUCCUUACUGGCCCCAAAUGAACGGCCUAGUCGAGAGGCAAAACCAGGGGAUCCUCCGGACGCUGCGUAUUGCUAAGGCCACAAAUUGCGGUUGGCGAAAGGCGAUUCAGGAUUACGUGUACAUGUACAACACUACACCACACUCAGUAACCGAAAAAGCUCCACUGGAACUGAUGACCGGACGACCAGUCAAGGACCUUUUGCCUUCGUUGAGAACGGACCCACACUGGUGUAGAGAUGCAGAGGUACGAGAACGCGACGCGAUGAAGAAAAUGCUGGGAAAACAUUACGCGGACAAGCGCAGGCAUGCUAAGUCUUCCGACAUUGAAGUGGGUGAUUCUGUGAUACUUCGAAACUACGAAACAGGAAAGCUUGAACCGAAGUUUCGACUCGAGAAAUUCACCGUCCUUAAGAGAAAUGGUAGUGAUACUGUCGUUUCUAAUGAAGAAGGAGUCAUUUAUCGCCGUCCAGUAACACAUUUGCGGAAAUUUCCAUCGUCCGGUAAAAAUGAUGAAUCGGAGGAUCAAGCUUCUGAUGUGCAAAACGAAUUUCCAGAAGUCAAUGACUCACGCAAGGCGUCUCCGAUACCCCGAUCCACGAAGCAUAAACAGACGGACAAACACGAUGCACAAGAACCAUAG